UUCAGAACGGGAAAUCCAUAACUUUUAUGCAAAAUAGGUUGAUAUAAGGACUCCGCCGUUAAAUAACACAGACCAGUCCAGACGAUACACUGCUGAGUUUCGACGCAAACAGUCACAAGAUGGCGAAGGUAAUCACUGUGUUCGGAGCGACAGGUGCCCAGGGAGGGUCCGUAGCCAGGGCUUUGCUAAAAGACACCCAGUACAAAGUACGUGCGGUAACCAGGGACAUCAACUCGGCCGCAGCUCGAACUCUGGCCUCGGCGGGAGCCGAGGUCGUGAAAGCAGACUACAGUAACAGAGACAGCCUGGUUGCCGCGCUGCAAGGAUCGUACGGAUGCUUUGUAGUGACUGUCUCAAAUUUUGGGGUUCCCAAUUACGAGGAACUGGAAGUGAAACAGGGACAAAACAUCGCUGACGCGUGUUCAAUUUCAAAGACGGAACACGUGGUAUUCAGCGUAAAGCAGCACGUGCGUAAGGUGCUUGGGAUUGUUGCCAGACACUGCGACGCCAAGGCCAGAAUAGAAGACUAUAUGAAUGAUCUUGAUUUGCCACUGACAUCUAUCAUGGUACCGUUCACGUUUGAAAGUCUAUUGUCAACUUUUAAGCCUAGGAAAUUUGAUUUUCAGCGUUACAAAUUGGAUAUUCCGAUGGGAGAGGUACCACUAGAUGGAAUUAGUGUCGAGCAACUUGGAGACUGUGUCAAAAGUAUUUUCGACAAUCGUACUUUAUAUUUACAUAAGACGCUAUCCAUCACUGGUGAUAAACUCACUGUCAAGGAGUAUGGCGCCAUCUUGAGUCGACACAUCCCGCCUUUCAUCUUCCAGGACGCACAGAUAACAAAUGAUGAGUUUCGACAGUGUGGCCGACUAGCCGCAGAGGACUAUGGGAACAUGUUUGAAUUCUUUCAACGAGUUGACCAACGCCAUAGCAUGAAAUUGACAAAGACAUUGAACCCUAACACCAAGUCAUUUGCACAAUGGGUCAUCGAGAACAAACAGCUCAUCAUGUCAAGUUUGGAUUGAAACUAGAAGUGUUUUUAUUGUGCCUUUAAACGAAGACUAAUCUAAAAAAAUAGCCGCUGGGAGCGUACUUACGCAAAGAAAAAAAAUUAGAGACGCCUGGGUGGGAACAACUGUGAAAAAUGGGGACAAUUUCGCACAACUGCGAUUAUAUUGAAAUUGAAUAGUGAACUCUUCGAUAUAUGUAAUGAUGUAGAUCAUGUGACUGUUAGACGUAGCGAUUCGCGCCCCCCCUCCACCGCGUCACAAUAUUCAAGUUGUGUUUCAGUGCCGAUAUCACAUAACAGCGAGUUAUUGUUGAGGUCGCUGUGACCUGAUGUUAACGAGUUUCACUUCCGUCUUUUGUUUUCUGCCAGAUACAGUACCAUUGUGACAGAUAUUCACAAUAAUUUUAUUUCUAUGUGUGCAAUUUCCAUUUUGGAUUUUUUUCUUCUGUUUGUUAUACCAGUUUACAGAUUAAAUCAUCAUUUCCGUCCAUUUAUGAAUAACCGCAUCAGUGACAAACUAGUCGUGACCGAGAUGACGUAGAGGUUUAUACUAAUAAACUGUCUAAGUCCGUA